AUGUCUAGUGCGAAGCGACCGUUGUUAACUUCACCUGCUUUGGAGGGCAUGGAGGGCCCCAUGGACUCCCUACACCGGAAGAAGAAGCAGAAAACAAAGGCGAAGGAGAGAGUCGUCACUGAGAUCCCGAAGUGCCACUUGAUCAUCGAAGCUCCUGACAAGUGCAACUGCAAAAAGGGAUGCAAAGGGAACUGUUCGUGCAAGACUUCCGGCAUGGGCUGCGGUCCGACUUGCGGAUGUCAAGUCGGRGAAGAUAAGACCUGUGCAAAUAAGAUGAACGGAUUGGAUGAGUUCAAGCAAAAGAUUGGUGCUACUGGGCUGGCGCCUUUGCCUUGCUUUUUGACCUUUGCUUCGAAGAAAAAGGUGGACUUCAAGAAAUUGGAGCAGGACAUGUUGAAAGAUGAUGAUGCCUUUGAGUACGACUUCUGGCUCAAGGAGUGGAAGGAUGAGAAGUCCACACUUGAACAGAAGGAUAUUGCGGAGCACAACAACAAGCUUUUGCGGUAUGGAUUAUUCAAGAACCCCAACGACCUCUCGGACUCCUUUUACAGUUUCUGUCGAGGGAUGGCGAAUUUCGAACCCGGCGGGGAUUUGGGGACGUGGGAGCAGGAUAGUUGCACAUGGCAUUGUCCUGUUUGCAAGGAAUGCAAUGACUGGCGAGAGUGGCAUUGCGGCAAGUGCAAGAAGUGUACUUACGGUGUGAGCAUUCCAUGUGAGGGAUGUGGUGGUGUUAGUGAUACGUGGCACUGGGGACAACCAGGAGGUCAUCUGUACCAACCUGGAAUGAGCGAUGAUGGUUUCUCUUCAGACGGCGACCUUGAAGGCUCGAUGAGUCCUCCGUAUCAAACGGCGAUGCGAGAGGAUGAUUACGAAAAAGACGGCUUUGAGCAAAUACCCGGGCCUGGCAUCGCGUCGGCAUGGGCGUCCGGACCUGCACGCAUGUCCUCUGCAAGCAGUGCGAGGACGACCGCUUUGGACCAGGCACAGAUGACGGCUUCAGGCAGUGUCCGCACAUCCGCGCCAAUGAAUACGCAGAUAUCCGCUGGAACCAAUGCAUCCACGCUUGUGCCAGGCAACGCUCAGAUGCCCAGACCAAACAACGCGCUCAAUAUUCUAGCACAAGUAAGCGGAGGCCUCAUCUGUCUGAAUGGACAGUGGUAUGCUCCAGUCGACCCACCAGUCCACUUAUCCACGAGUUCUCAGAGGAAUCACCUCGUACAAAAUACAGGCAACGGACUGGCCAGACAUGACCACCGAUUCUUCCCGCAUGACGACGCAGCAACCGGUUCGGUCAACAACUCGGCGAGCAAUCCGAGUAAAGAUUCGGCAACACCCACUUCAUAA